ACCCCAAAGUGCUUCACAUAAUUACAUUACAUUUACACACAGGCAAAGGUGGUUGAAGUGUCUUGCCCCAAGGACACAACGACAGUAUGCACUCCAAGCGGGAUUCGAACCGGCUACCUUCCGGUCGCCAGCCGAACACUUAGCCCAUUGUGCCAUCUGUCGUCCCGAUGCAAUAGAUGAGGUUGGAGGAGGUGGAGGUGAACAUCUGUCGCACCUGGAACGGCUGCCUGGGUCCUUGAAUGGAGUCGAGGGGGGAGGUAAAGCGACAAGUGUAGCAUCUGUUGCGGUUGCUGAUGCUGCCUGAUCUCCUGAGUUACUCCAGCACUUUGUGUGCUUUUGUGCAUGAUCCAGCAUCUGCAGUUCUUUUGUUUCCACAUUGUGUUGCUAAACAUUGCCACAUUUAUUCCAAACUCGCUGUCUUUAGGUUGCCACCAGAGCAAGGAGCUAUUUAUCUUGGAUGUGGAUGUUGGCGUGGAUGAUGCCCUGGCGCUGAUGAUGGCUCUGGCAGCUCCCAACGUGCACAUCCUGGCAAUAACCUGCACUCACGGUAACACGGGCAUCGACAACGUGUGCAAGAACGUGCUGCGUGUGCUGAAACUGUGUAACAGGAUGGAGAUCCCUGUCUACCGUGGAGCAGGCACCUCCCUCCUGGGUGUAGUCCAUCACGCCUCAGAGUACCAUGGGAAGGACGGCCUGGGCGAUGUUCCCGAUCCCGAUGCUCCGGGUGUGGAGCAUUUAAAGUCCGAACACGCAGUGAAUGCCAUGGCACGGAUAGUUAAUGAGUACCCCAAGCAGGUCACUCUUGUUGCACUUGGACCCCUGACCAACGUAGCCCUGGCUGCCAAGUUAAACCCCACCUUUCCUUCAAAGCUGAAGGGUUUGUACAUCAUGGGUGGAAACAUGGAAGCCAGAGGGAAUGUGAGAGUCUGCGGCGAGUUCAACUUUGUCACAGACCCAGAAGCGGCUUCCAUGGUGCUGAGCCACUUCACUUGUCCCGUGUACAUCGCCACCUUGGAGUACUGCCUCCGCCAUCAUCUGUCCUGGGACUUUUACAAAAAGUGGGUGAAUCAAGACAGUGCAAAGGCUCGGUUCAUGAAGAAGAUAUCUGCACAUACUGCGGACUACAGCCACGAAGGCGAAGGUGGCAAGGCCUUGCUGUUUGGAAGCGGCUUUGUGUGCUGUGAUUCAUUCGCAAUAUCUGCUGCCAUUGAUGACUCGGUGGUGAAGGAGCGCGCCCAGUAUGGGGUGAGUGUGGAGUUGCACGGAUCACUGACCAGGGGCAUGAUGGUCGUGGACACUCUCGACAUCCUGAAGCUCCCACACAAAGCCACCGUCUUCCUGGAAUGUGACAUGGAGAAGUAUAAGCAGCAGCUGAUUAACGCCCUGAAAUAAGAUGCAGUACGUCCCACACGGAAGAACAUAAAGUGCCAGAGUUACAAUUAUACACGAUGCAAGCGCUUACGCCUAUAAAAUUUAUGUUUCAAUAAAGAGCUAUUAACACAUUAAAAAUGGGGUAUUCAAUGCUAACAAUAACUCAUUCGGUGUCUGAGACGGGCCGGCAAGAUCAUCAAAGACCCCUCCCACCCUAACCAUGGACUGUUUGCCCUCCUCCCAUCAGGGAGGUGGUACAGGAGCCUCAGGUCUCAUACUAGUAGGAUGAGGAACAGCUUCUACAACAACACAAUCACAUUGCUGAACUCGGAG